AUGCACGUGCAGCCGCUGUCGAGUCAGUUGACGCUGUCGUUUCAGGGGGAGGUUUACGUGUUCGAUUCGGUUCAGCCUGAAAGGGUUCAAGCCGUUCUGCUGCUGCUGGGUGGUCAUGAAUUGCCCCCUGAUAUUUCUGUCAUGGCACUGCCGAAUAAUGUGAAUCACAGGCUUUCAAAUGAUCUUCCACGACCCUCCAUGAAUCCUCACAGAAUAGCUUCCAUUAUGCGGUAUCGGGAGAAGAGGAAAAACUUGUGUUUUGAUAAGAAAGUACUCUAUGACGUCAGAAGAGAUGUUGCUUCCAGAAUGAAACGACACAAAGGACAGUUUGCAUCAUCAAAGACAAAUCCUGAGGAAGCACUCUCACCCUCUUCAAGUGGUGAUCAUGCUCAGAGCAAUUCUCAGGAGGAAUCAGUUUCAAGCUUUUGCCAGCACUGUGGAAUUGCUAAAGGUUUGACUCCAAUGAUGCGUCGUGGACCAGAUGGGCCUAGAACUCUGUGCAAUGCUUGUGGGCUGACGUGGGCAAACAAGGGAACAUUCAGAAGUCUUCCUCAACCUGUAACUUCUGGCUGCCAGCAGUCUCCCAUUAACCCAACUGACCAGAGUGAUGCCAAUGAUUCUGAUAUUAGUAGCAAUGGCCAAAUGUUUUCUGCAAUAUCAAACGGGCCUGAGUCCAGUAUGAUUGCUAGCAUAGAUGCAGCCAUGGAGUAUGCUGAUUGUUGAGGGCAUCAGAUGCUAUGAAGAUAGAUUUUGAGUAGAUAACCAAUGUUACAGUGUGUUUUCUGUUCAUAGAGAUCACAAGAAUAGCCUCAGAAGUAGAGUUUUACUGUAAUUAGAGCCUUCUAGAUAUGCCCCAAGUAUAUUCAUUUAUGAUUUUGUCUAUUAACUUUUUCAACUUUUC